GAGAUAGAGAGAUGACUAUGGUGAUAAAAGUUGAAUGUGUGGCCAAUAUUCCCUAUGUUGAUAGUUUUAAUUUUGCUGAUAGUUUUGAUAUUUUUUAUGUUUUAGUUACAGAUUUGAUUGAUGAAAAUUUAGCAAAAAGAGAAGCUAAAGCAUUAUGA